AUGGCAUGUUCCAAUGCAUCUGGUAAUCACAAAAUUCCACUUAUGGUGAUUGACAAGUCUGCACAUCCAAGAGCGUUAAAAGACAUCUCACCCAAAGCCCUACCAGUUUAUUACAAAAGUCAGAAGAGUGCAUGGAUGGAUGCGACGUUAUUUACUAACUGGUUUAAAGAAGAGUUCGUGCCAUCUGUGACUAAAUUUUUGAAGAGAACCAGCCUCCCUAUUAAAGCAAUUUUGGUAAUGGACAAUGCUCCCUCUCACCCUGGAGAAGGACUCCACGUGGGCGAAAUUGAUUCUGUACGCAGUUCCACUAUUCAAAAAUCUUGGUCGAAAGUUAUUGAUAUUGAGGACUAUAAUGACAGUGAAGAUGAUAUUCCAUUAAAUGAAUUGGCUUUGAAAUGGAAAAGCCGUGGAGAAAUGUCCUGUACAAAUUUAAACGAGACAGGAGAAGAAGAAAGUUUAUUAGAAUUAAUGCAAAACUUGAAAGGUUGCGAAAAUGUGACAAGACAAGACGUUGGUGAAUGGGUUACAGCAGAUGAUUUAGAAGAAGAAAUGAUUAUUGAAGAAAUAGCGAACGCCUUUCGCGAAACCUAA